ACAUAUGUUUCUUAAACACGUGGGAAAACUGCGGUCUUUACCUCACGUUUUCCAAAAACACAACGCAGGCUGUCUGCAAUAAAAGAUGUCACUCGUCGGUUUUGAGGUUCAGACUGACUCCCCGUGUGCUUAGAGAUGCAAUAAACUGGGUUUCCGGACCUGGGCGCUUGGUGUUGCUGUAGCAACCUCUUAUUGUUUCUGUAAAAACAGAAGUGAAGGGAGAGAUUUCAGACACACAGAAGUUCCAUUUGACUUUCUAACUAACUGCUUGCAUUAAUGUUAUAGGUUCGAAAGCAAGUUUUUGAAAAACUAUAUUAAUUUUACGCAGACCAUAAAUGCACAGCAAGAAUCAACUCAUUUGAGACUUCAUCGUUAAAUUUACAGCACGUCAGCAAGAUAAUAGUUGCUGUCCAGGACAGGGUACUGUUGUCAGACUGAACCAUGACAGCCGCGAGGAUGACAACCAGAAUGCCGUCGGUUGCUUCGUUCCGACUUCCAGUCAUCCAGCACCCGUUUUCAAAAAUGGGAGAUCCCGAGACCAUAUCUCUCAGAGGGCACACUACUGAAGGCGCCCGGAAUCAUAAAGUUUUUGCGGAGGAACGGCGAAGGCCAUUGUCACACGAGGAAAGACUCGACUCCGUGCACCGAAGUCAGAUACUGAAAAGUAACAGAGCGCAGCAAGGCGGAAACGAGUUGCGUCUCGACAGGGACACCUUUACGGGACCUCCUUUGCAAAUUCCAGAGGGGGUGGAAGUGACCUGGGCCGCGGAUCCGGAUAAACCGCGCUUGCCUAUCUUCGGUCAGCGGGCGUGUGCAGUGAGCCGAGCGGGAAGCAGCGCCGGUCAUAGCGUCGUUUCCAGCAGCAGGGCCAGCAGCGUCUCAUACCCCGCUGCCCAGCUGAGGAUCCAGGUGGAUCAGCUGGAGCAUGAGCUUCGGCAGCGGGUUCGAGCUGGCGGGCACUCCACCCUGAAGAACCUGUUCAAGGGCAGUGACCCGGGGGGACAGGGACAGGUCAACAGAGAUGCACUGCUGAUGAUUCUCGCCAAAUUUCUGGGAAGAUCCGUUACGGUCAAACAACUGAGACAGCUCCUCCUGCGGCUGCAUCUGUCUGAGAAGGACGUGCUCGGGUUCGAGGAGCUGUACGCACCCCUGAUGGAGCCCGUCCAGGCGGGGGCCGCGACCUCGGGUGGCCCGGGCCAGCACCCCGCUGCUCCGCCCCAGCUUACCGCCUCCCAGGCCCACGCCCUCCUCCGGGGCCCCGCCCAGCACAGUUUCCUGGAGGCCAUGAAGUCACUUCCUGUGAAGGACUCGGAGGGUCCCCGGUGGAUUGUGGCCCCGGAGCUGCGGAACAUUCUGGAACAGCUGCACCUGAACAUGGACGAUCAUGAGUUUGAAAAGCUGUGGAGGAGGUAUGACGUGGACGCCCUUGGAGCUGUCAAAGUGGACGUGCUGUUGGAUAAAAUCAGGAAGAAGGACAGGAAGAGGCCGAACUCGGAUGGGAACCCCAAUCAGAAGGAGCCGGCCCCUGUCACUGCUGAGGCGGAGGGCGCCUCACAGACCCCAGCCAGGACUCUCAGUAAAGGUGAGGAGGAGCGCAAAGCCUCCAUCACGAUGGAGAAGUGGCUGAAGGACAAGUUCAGGGAGGGCUUCCGCAAGAUGAAGGCCGAGUUCGAGAAAGUGGAUCCUGACAAAUCUGGCAUGGUGCAGCCGGACGCCUUCCUGCAGGUGCUGCAGACGUUUGGGCUCUCCUUGCGGAGGGGGCACGUGGGCCUGUUCCUGGCCCGGUGCGGGCUCAAGCCCAGGAAGACGGGGAUCAAGUACACCGAGUUCCUCAGGAGGUUCCAGGACCGCAGCACCGACGGGAUCACACACAAGAUCCUGGCCAAUCCACAGCACAGGUUCAAUCAGGAUGAGAACAUUAGCCACGCCUCCACGGUGACGGCAGUGGAAGCCAAGCUGGCCAAGAUGUUCCAGUCGGAGUACCUCGCUCUCUUCGACACGUUCCGAAACAUUGACAAAUUGGAUAAGAAGACUAUAAGCCAGGAGGAGUUUCGGGCUGCAAUAGAAAGCAGGUUCAGGCUGGAGAUCUCCGACCCUGAGUUUGCACAGCUGCUGGACAGCCUGCCCCUGGACCCGGACGGAAAUGUCCAGUACGCCCUCUUCAUGGCACCCUUCGACACCCGUGGGGGAGCUCCCAGUCUCUUUGAGAGCCAAGCGGAUGCUGGGGAGAGAGACUCGGUUCAGCCUGAAGACACAGGGAAAACGAACCAGGGCAGGAGUGACACUCAACUCUUCAAAACAAUCAAGACCCUCGUGACCAAGCAUUAUCCAGCUGUUGAGCAGGCCUAUCAGGAGCUGGAUGAGAAAAAUACUCGACGUCUGACACAGGAAACCAUGUACCAGCUACUGAAACGAUUUGAUAUCCAGCCCGAGGUCAGCCGGGGGGAGAUUCGAAGACUCUGGGGCACUUUGAUUACCAACCAAGACAAGACGCUGGAUUUCUUGCAGUUUGCGAGACACUUUGGCCACUCUCCCAAAUCGGCCUGCUUUCCCAACGCCAAGCUUUGUCCCCCGAGGAAAGGGGACGAGGACUUCAGGCUCCGUUCCAAGACGCUCAACUGCGUCUCCGACAUACUGGUCGACAGCGUCCGUGCCAAGGUUGAGUUCUUGCUCUAUGAGCUGCAGAAUGAGUUUGAGGAUCUGGACCCAUACAGAACUGGGUUCGUGAGCCAGGACGAGUUCCGGGACAUUCUGACCAGCCUGUGUGUGCACCUCAACCAAUAUGAGUGCCACGUCCUGGCCAAGAAAUUCGAUAUCAACCAUGAUGCCCGAGUGUCUUACGUGGAGUUCCUGAAGCCCUUUGGGCAGCCCCGGGUGACCAAGAGAACGGGGGCCCACGUGGCCGAGGUCAUGCAGGAGUCCUACAGGGCCCCCGAUGAGUCCCUGGAGGAGAGGAGCUCCUCCGCCAUGGGGCUCCUGAUGACCCGACUCAGAAAGAAGCUGGAGGGAGCGGGUCGCACUCUCCGCAGAUCCUUCCGGAAGCUGGACGUGGCGGGCAGCGGGUACCUCUCCCCGUCCGAGUUCAGCGCGGUCCUGAGGCUGUGCAGCGUGGACCUGAAUCACGAGGAGGUGUACCACAUCCUGUCCACGUUCGACCGCGGCCUGGACGGGCGCGUCGACUACCGCGGCUUCCUGCAGGAGAUGUGCUAGAGCCAUGCCCCGAGGACCGAGCCAGUGUAGAGAGGGCACAGGCGUGUGUGUGCGUGUGUGUGUGGGUGUGUGUGGGUGUGUGUGUGUGGGUGUA